AUGGUGAGAACGGAAGAGAGAAGGGACAAAUUACAGAAGAUUAUGACCCAGCCAAUUAACCAAAUAUUCCGGUUCUUUACUGGCGGAACAAGAGUACAAAUUUGGCUAUUCGAACAACCAUAUAUGAAAAUAGAAGGAACUAUACGCGGGUUUGAUGAAUAUAUGAACAUGGUUCUGGACGACGCACAGGAAGUGUAUAUGAAAAAAAAUCUUAAAAAGGACGUCGGAAGAAUUCUGCUAAAGGGCGACUGUAUGACACUAAUCACAGCAGCAAGCUCCAGAUAA